UCAUAGUCAUAGGCUCUGAAAAAUCCUAAUAAAUUGGUGAAAAUCAAAAUCUGAAACUUGAGCAAAAUGCAAAAUUCAGGAAGCCCACAAUUUGACUUGACUGGGAAACUAAUUAUCAAAGUUGCACUGGGUGAUGAUAUUCGACGCAUUCCGAUCCAUAAUGAAGAUAUCACAUAUGAUGAAUUAGUUCUUAUGAUGCAGCGUGUGUACAGAGGGAAACUUAGUACUAAUGAUGAAAUUACAAUUAAAUAUAAAGACGAAGAUGGUGAUUUGAUAACAAUUUUUGACAGCUCAGAUCUAACUUUUGCAAUUCAGUGCAGUCGUAUUUUAAAGAUUACUUUGUUUGUUGGUAGUCAGAGUCGAGCUGUGUUAGAGCCUGCUAGUAUUUCUGGCAUUCGCCGUGAGCUACAAGACAUAAGAGACAGAGUACUAGAUCUGUUGGACAGACUUGAGCCCACAUCUCUUGUUGGAGGCACUCAGUCUUUAUCUCUAUCAGAUAACAUAGCAAGUAAAGACUCCCAUAAAGGAGCACCGCCAGUAACAAGACCAGUUAAUGCUAUUGGUGGAAAGGAAUUUGACCCACUUACUUCUCAAAAAGUUUCUGAAGAAUCUGCACAAAAUAAAGUUGCUUCAUCAUUUGGGAUAGAAGGAAGUGGGCCAUCAUCUCACUAUGACAGAGCAGCUACACCUGACAGUGUCUCCAGUGUUGGAUCAUCAGCUAGUAACCAAGUACGAGCUCAACAAAGUUCCUAUCAGCCAGCACCAUCAGUACCAAACUCACAACACCAAAUGAACUAUGCUAGUCAGCAAAAUUACACUACAGGCCAACCUUUGCCACAGUCUUAUGCUGGUCAACCUGGCUAUGGUGUCCCACAACCAGGGAUUUCACAGCAGCAGCCUCAGCAACAACCUCAGCUUCUGCAACAGCCUCAACUUCAGCAACAACAGCAGCAGUCAAUGGUUCCACUUCAGCAACAGCCUCAACAACAACAGUAUGACCCUUCUGCUUAUGGACAGUACAGCAUGAAUUAUGGUGCUGCAGCUGGACAGCCUGGACAGGCUCCUGGACAAGCACAGAUGAUGUAUGGUCAGCCAGGAUCCCCUGGUGCAGCACCUUACAAUCAAGCCCCUGGAAUGCCACAGCAACCUCAGGCUAAAGGUCCAGGGUAUCCAGCAGUACCAACUGGACCAGGAGCCACACAGUCUCCAAACAACCCUUAUUCCAGAGGUGGCUAUGGUAGCGGCUACCCUAGGCCUAGUGCAGGCUAUCCUCAGUAGACUGCCCACAUCAAGCAUAAGAAAAGGAUUUUGAUUUGUAUGUUAAGAGUAUGUGUUGCUGACAAGAUUUAACAUUGUACAACAAUAGAAACAGUAGUGUUUGUUAUCUCUAUCUUGCCAGUUUAAAAGGCACAUUAUGUUAUUUAAUUUUUAAAUUAGUGUAAACACUUUCAGAGAAAUUUAAUUUAUUAAGCACUUUUAACAAACAUAAAUUAAAUUUAAUCACAGUUCAAUGCAUUAGGUUUUUCAAAUUUCUUUGAAAAUGACAUACACUUCAGUGAAUAAUAGCCAAAUAUUUCAAAUUACAAUAUUACAUAAAGAUUGGUUUAGCAGAUAUGCAGUACUAAAAUGUUUUAAAAUGCUACUUAAAAAGUUCAAAUUUGUUAAACUGUGAAUUGAUUUGGCAUUUUUGUGUUACUUGCUAUUUUACUUUUUUUUUCUUUUUUUUAUAAACUUAAUCUCUAAAAGAAUUAACAACAACCAUGAUUGUGAUGAAUAUAUCAAUGUAUUAAUCACAUUUUAAAAUAUAUUUUUUUUACAUUAAACAAUUUUCAAUAAAAUAUUUAUUUAUUAAUAUUGCAAUAAACUAUUUGAAUACUGGAAGGCUGGGACAAGCUUUCUGUCUUUUGAAUCAAUGUUUUCAAUGUUGAACACUCAAUGUUUGUACUUCAAGCUUUAUCUCCAAUCAAAUGAUUCUGUUAUCAACACAAAAACAUUUUUGUUUUUAAUCCCACACUUUUUAGCCAGCUGAUACAUUACUUUUAAUAAGACUUCAUUUCUAUUUUUACAAAGCAACCAACAAGCUUGUAGUUCUCCUCAAAUAGUUAAAAAAAAAGAGUUUUUUUCAAUGUAUUUACUCUAUAAAGCAAAAUGUUAUUUUAUAAAAUGUAAGUUACUUACAGAUAAAUUGCUUGAUAGCAAUAUGGCUAGAAUUAUAACUUGACAUGGUUACUCUUAGAUUUGGAAAUAGAGUUUGUUUUAAAACAGCGACAUUGGUAGAUUGUAUUCAAAUAAAAAAAAAUUGUUUAUACUUUCAAAUUGAAAUAACUUUGAAGAAUUGCUCUUGUCAAGUAGAGAGAUUUACAGCUAAUGAAUUUAUGUGACUUUAAGUGUUGUAUAGCUAUCAUCAUUGAUAUUUUUUGUGGAACACUUUACAUUGAAUGUCAAUAGUUUUAAAAUAAAUAAGUUUUUUUUUCCUUGUCAUAAUGUGAGGCGUAUAACAGAAAAAUGCAUUUGAAUGUUUUUUGUUUAAUUAUUGCUUUUGAGUAAUUACACUGAAUGUCAUUUACCAGUAUACAAUGUGUACAUAUUUAUGUUACGGAUGAUAAUAGAACCAUUUCUUUUCAGUGUGUCCAAACAGAGAGAAGAAGAAAUAGUUGAACACUAGACAAUUGUUUAACUUUUUUACAACAGAUGUAGAAGAGACUGGAAAUAAGACAUAGUGUUUAAGUUUGUGUAAGCAUGUUGUGGAAAUCUUACUCUGUAGUAUGACACCAUUGGUAUCUAUCAGAACAAAAGUUGUUUUUUUUUGUGUUGUUUUUUUUCUCUUCUGAUGCAUCAAUCUUUUUUUUUUCUCUUGGGUCUGGGUGGUCUACAAGUCUUGUAUUUAUUUGCUCUUCAUCUUUGGCCUGUGCCCAUUUUCCAAGUGGCCUACCGUUACCAAUAGUCUAGUGGGCAUUUUUCUGUGAUGAUCUAAAGUGUAAGCAGAACUCUUACAACUAAUCCCAGUGUGUGACCAUAUUUUGUGCUGAUUACUUUUUGUUCAGUGCAUUCCCCUUAUGAUGGUACUGUGUGAUUGAACUAACUGCAGGAUUAUUUGGUUUGAUCAAACUAAGUUGCUAUGAUUCAGUUUUAAAGGAUUGGGUUCCUAAGUUUCUACACUAUCUCUAGGUAGCUUUUUACAUUAUGUAUUACAGAUAGUAUUCUGAUCAUGUAAACAAUAAACACAAAUGACCAUUAUAUA